AUGUCGACAAACGGUAAUGCUAAUCACCACGAGCAAUACGCUGCUACCGGCCCAACCACCACAGAGUCGACUCCCCAGAUCGAGAACUCGCAGAGCGACCUCCCCAAGGAUGAGAUCGGCUGGUACUUUGUUGAGCAAUACUACACAACCCUGAGCAAGAACCCCAACAAGCUUCACCUUUUCUACGGCAAAAAGUCUCAGUUCGUCGCCGGUGCCGAGGCUGAGGUCACCACUGUCUGCGUCAACAGACCUAACAUCCAAGAGCGCAUCAAGCAGUUGGACUUUGAGGAUUCCAAGGUCCGCAUCUCCAACGUCGACUCCCAAGGGUCUGCCGAGAACAUCCUCAUCCAGGUCAUUGGUGAGAUCUCCAGCAAGGGUGCCGAGCCCCGCAAGUUCGUCCAGUCCUUCGUCCUUGCCAAGCAGCCCUCGGGUUACUUUGUCCUCAAUGACAUCCUGAGAUAUAUCGUCGAUGAGCCCGUUGAGGAGACUGAGGCCGCCGCUGAGGCUCCAGUAGAGGCCGCUGCUGCCACCGAGGCUGCCCCAGCCGUCGAGGCCGAGGCCGAGCCCGCCGCCGAGCCUGAGGUUCCUGUCGAGGAGCCUGAUCCCGCGCCGACCCCCGCGGCUCCUGCCACUGCUGCUCCUGUUGCCGCUUCCGCGCCUGCGGAGCCCCCCAAGCCCCAGCAACCCCCCAAGCCCAUGACCUGGGCUAGUCGCCUGGCUGCUUCUGCUGCUGCCGCGGCUCCCAAGCCUGUCAUUCCCAAGGUUGCGACUCCUCCUGCUGCUGCUCAGGCGCGUGCUCCUGUUCCUGCUCAGGCCCCUACUACCGCUCCUCAGUCCACAGAGGCCGCCCCUGCCGCCCCCAAGGAUCAGGGUAGCGAGUGGCAGACCGCUGAGACCAAGCGUCAGAGCCGCGCUCAGCCUGCCGCUACCGCUACUCAGACCGAGAAGGAGGGAACCCUUGCCUAUAUCAAAUUUGUUACUGAUAAGGUGAAGGAGGCCGAUCUCAAGGCCACCUUGGAGGCUUUCGGUGAGGUCGUGUACUUCGACAUCAACCGUACCAAGAACUGCGCCUUCGUCGAGUUCAAGACCCCGGCCGGUUACAAUGCUGCUGCCGCUGCCAACCCCCACACCGUGAACGGUGAGAACAUCGUCGUUGAGCCCCGUCGUCCCAAGUCGAACGCUUAUGGCGGAGCCGGCUACCCCGCUCGUGGUGGUGCCACCGGUGGCCGUGGUAGCCGCGGCGGGUACGAGUCUCAGCGCAGCGGCAGCCAAGGCGGCGGCCGUGGUGGCUUCACUGGACAGGGCCGUGGUGGUCGCGGCGGUGCCCCUCGCGGACGCGGCGCUUCCCAGGCCAACGCCUAGACGGCGAUUGCUGCUUAGCGCGAGUUCACAAGCUGAUCAAAGACACGUUUAUUGUCCAUGAUCUUGAAAAGGUUCCAAGGUGAGCUGCUAGUGUCAACAAGCCUAGCAUCCAUCUUCACACGCCAUACGACGGAGUUGAGGGGAGGGCGGGCAUUCUUCUUGGUGCGUCAUGGAGUCACGGGGUUUGAUUAGUUAGGAAAGGGCAAAAUGGUCAAGAUUCAUGGUUUUUUUUUUCUUGAUGGCAAUCUGGCGGUGUAGUGUUGUGGAGUUGUGUGUGUUUUUCUGCUGCUGUUAUUCUUGUUCUCGUUGCUAGUUGGGCCGUGCAUUUGACUUGCACAGGUCACUCUUUUCCCCAAACACGCCCCUUGCACACACAUCACACACAUAUCAAAAGGUUGUCAUGGUUUUGCGGCGUCGUUACAGCGUUGGGGGAAACGGAAAACGGUAGCAUUGUAUACCUCACUGGCGGGGCGGACUGGCUGGAUGAAUGCGGGUGGGAAAGGUUGGUGUGGAAAAAGGAAAAAGACACGGCAUGAAAUGUUGACCUGGUGUACGGUAUGGUACGACAUAGUACGGAAAAUGAAGGCAAUGGGGCCCAGAAGGAGUAUGCCUGAAAAGGGGAUGGAGAUAACCUCUACACAUCACCAUUACAACAUUCUUCCCA